AUGUCGGGGGCCAAUGAUCGCGAGGCCGUCUUUCCAACCCGGCAAUCGCUGGGCAUCAUGAAGGCAAAGCUUAAAGGCGCAGAGACAGGCCAUAGUUUAUUGAAGCGAAAGAGUGAAGCUCUGACAAAGCGAAUCGAUGAGGCCAAGCGAAAAAUGGGGCGAGUCAUGCAAAUUGCAGCUUUUUCGCUGGCAGAAGUGACAUACGCCGUCGGCGGUGACAUUGGAUACCAAGUACAGGAGUCCGCCAAGUCUGCUCGGUUCCGCGUUCGUACGAAACAGGACAACGUAUCCGGUGUUCUCCUUCCAGCUUUCGAAAGCUACCUUACCGAAGGAAACAAUGACUUCGGUCUAACGGGCUUGGGCAAGGGAGGGCAGCAGGUUCAGCGAUGCAGAGAAACAUAUGCGCGUGCUGUUGAGGCGCUGGUUGAGCUGGCUAGUCUGCAGACCGCGUUUGUCAUCCUCGAUGAGGUUAUUAAAGUGGUCAAUCGGCGUGUCAACGCGAUUGAACAUGUCAUUAUUCCCAGGACCGAGAACACUAUCAAAUACAUCAACUCUGAGCUUGACGAGCUCGACCGCGAGGAGUUCUACAGACUCAAGAAGGCAGAUGCCGAGAUGAAGGCAAGACGUGAGGCGGAAGCAUCCACGCAGGGCGGAGACAAGCCCCAGAAAGACGAUUCCACACCUGCAGAUGUGUUGGGCGCCGGCGACGACGAAGACGUCAUUUUUUGA